AUGGCUUCACCCACCCUCAGAUCGUCCCCAUCACCAUCUGAUGUAUCUCUUGAUGAAGGUGCAAGUGUUCAAGCCAAGAAAAUUACAAUAGAUCUUGAAGCCAAGGAGGUUCAACCUGGAGUUUUGGAGUUACCAUCUGAAGACAUUCCGGUGAUAGACCGGGUGAAUGAGGGAGUAGCCGGCGACCGUAGCUGGCUUGCUGCAUGGGCUUCCAAAGGGGUGUGGCAUCAUUUCAUCUACUGCAUGAUUCCAGUGGAUGUGGAAUCUUGGGCAGAGGUUUCAGUUCUGAGCAAAACGAUACAACUAUUACAAGUUCCAAUCUUUCUGAUUUUCCGCAUCACGAUCCCAACGGUUUUGGAGAAUUUUUCGGAUGAGUUACCAGGCGUUGGUCUCACGGAUGAACACUGUGACAAGCUGAAAGAGAAACGGCCCAUGGAAACUGUAGUGGAAGAGACUGAAUCAGAAACAAGUACACCUACAAAGAAGGAAAGUCCAUGUUUCAACGAAACUGCCCAUACCCAGCUGGACCUCGAAGCCAUGCACGGAUGGUGUAAGCCACUGAAUGUCAUUCAGUGUGCUAUUGUGCCAACAUUGUGGGCGCUCUUGCUUACAGCAAACGGUGGUUCCGUGGGGCUUUCCUCAAUUGGAAACAGCUCUGUUCCAAUCUUUGCUCCGUUUUUACUGGUUGGAUUGAUUCUUGCGCUUGUGGUAUACUUGACAUCGAAAUGGAAUGAACCCCCUCGUCUGUAUCAUCGACCAUUUUUUGCCACACUUGGGUUUGUGACUUCCAUCAUUUGGAUAUACGCUUUGGCCCAUGAAUUGGUGAAUUCUCUCGAAACACUCGGCAUCGUUUGGGAGAUCAGCGAGGCUAUCCUUGGACUGAGUAUCAUGGCCUUAGCCAGCUCCAUCGGUGACAUUAUGGCUAACUGCUUACUGGCGAGGAAUGGUUACCCACGGAUCGCCUAUUCCGCGUGCAUCGGAUCACCGCUGUUUAACCUACUUCUCGGAGCCGGUUUGUCAUACACUAUAAAAAUCAGCCGAGGAGGCGACGGAUAUGCAAGCCUGUCAUUUACCCUCACACAAGCCGUUCUGUUCUCUUGUCUCAUGGCGGUACUUGCAUCAAACAUUGCGGUUGCAUUGGUUAUGAAAUUUCAUUUCCACAGACUCUACGGAAUACUCCUUAUCCUUGUAUACAUUGCCUUCGUGACAAUCGCAAUUCUAAUUGAAAUGGAUAUCAUCGUCUCACCCAAGAAGUGGGGAUUGGCUACCGGAACUGAAUGAACAGAAUGUCGCGCAUUUCAAAUAAUUUGAACACAUUGCACAGUUUGAGCGGCUACCUAAACUUCCGCAUGUGCCGGAACCACCGGUUUCCACAUUUGCUUUUGUCCUGUCCAAUCAUUCAUCCUACCUUGGGACCACAUACAUUUGUUUUGAACAGCUGAGCAUCAGGUCCUUAAUGUAUUCGUACGUGUUGAAAAACUGCCGGGUCGAGUUUGUUUUGGUAAACAAGUGCACUUUACUGCAAAUAUCUCCUGGCACUCUGGCGCAGGCGCCGAAAAGCUACUCGAUUUCCUUGUUUGAAUUUCUAUGUUCUGGAAACUUUUCAUUUUUCGAAAUUUUACUUAUACCUUGUAUGAGAUACUUCGUAGUUCUUAACUAUGAAGAUGCACUCGCUAAAAACGCUUAGC